AGGCUACGCGCACACUGCCCACCGUUUCUCCUCUCCACGGACGCGCAUACCCUACCUCCUCGGCUCCUCCUCCCCCCUCCCCGCCCUCUCGUGGUCGCCGUCGGGCAGCCGCUUGCCGCCCAUUGGCUGUCGCCAUGGACGCCGCCGCUGAGUACCCGCACAUCCAAGGGGGCGCGUCGUCUUCGUCGUCGUCUUGCCGCGCCGCCGAUGCCGCCGUCUGGGAAUCCGUGCAGCAGCAGCAGCAGAAGCGUCAGCGCUGCCAGGACCCUUCAUCCAGUGAUUUAGUUGGAUCCAGUAAAGAAAAUAAUUCCUGCAAAGCAUCUGAAGCUGAGCUACAGAAUUCUGAUUAUGGUGAAGUUGACGAAGAAGAUUAUGGUGUGGACGAUGAAGAUGAAGGAUCUGACUAUGAUUUCGAUGAAAGUUACUUCAAUCAACAGCUGGCUGAUAAAUUUGAUGAUUUAGAUCUGCCACCAGGUGUGGAGGCUACUGUACCAUGGUUGCAGAAAGCUGUAACUAAUGUUGAGCCUGAAAAUUUUAAGUCAAUGUCAGAAAUAGAGGAUGAAAUUGGUCAGAAAUACAAGUUUUUUAAGCAGUUUGACACUGUUGAGGAUUUCUCUGAUCACCAUUAUGCUAAUAAACCUGUUGGAAAGACAGGGAAAGAGUGGACAAAAAGAAUACAGCAUGACUGGAAACUCCUGGAGAACGAUUUACCAGCGUCCAUAUAUGUUCGUGUCUCAGAAAAUCGAAUGGACCUUCUCAGGGCUGCGAUGAUUGGGCCUCAAGGAACACCCUACCAUGAUGGCCUUUUCUUCUUUGAUGCUCAAUUUACUGAUAGUUAUCCUGCAACUCCUCCUGUGGUGUACUAUCAUUCAGGAGGACUUCGGCUUAAUCCAAAUUUGUAUGAAACUGGAAAAGUCUGUCUUAGCCUCCUAGGCACCUGGGAAGGUCAUGGUUGUGAGAAGUGGAACUCAGCUCAAUCUACCAUGCUACAAGUGCUAAUCUCCAUUCAAGCUCUUGUGUUGAAUGAGAAUCCAUACUUCAAUGAACCAGGAUAUGAAACUUUUGCUAAUAAUACUAGCGGACAGAGGAGUGCCUUAGAUUAUAAUGAUACAACAUUUCAGCACUCAUGCAGGACGAUGCUGUACUCACUUCGAAGACCUCCACAGCACUUUGAAGAUCUUGUUGCAGGCCACUUCCGUGAAUGUGGCCGCGCCAUUCUGGCUGCAUGCAAAUACUACAUGGAAGGUAAUAAAGUUGGGUCUGUAGUUCCCAGCAAUGACAAUGAGGACAAAGAACUAGAGAACACAAGCGCAGAAGGAUCCAGCAGCAGCGGUGCAGGUAAGACACAAAAUAAAAAGGUAGAUUUGCGUGCAGGUCGCACCGUGACUUUCAAGACCAACAUGGAGGUUCUAUUUGAGGAGCUCUUGAUGGAAUUCAAUGUGAAGGGUGCUGACACCAAGAAGUUCUGUGUCGAGAAGUUGAAGAAGAGCCAGCCUGCUGCCUCUUGAAGAUUCCAGCUGCUGCAGCAGAUUUCUGAGUUUCUGUGAAGUGAAAUCCAUGAAAUGAUGUUGAUUUCACUUCUUGCGUAACUAUAGGAAUGCUAUGUAGAUAGCCCCCCCUCCCCCCCCCCUCCCUUCUGCCUUUUACCGUACAGGCAGGCCUUCUGGACAUCGUGACGAUGGUUUGUCUUUUCCAUGCUAACGAAAGUAUCCACCCCAUUACUGUGUUGUGAUCCAAAAUGGACAUCUAUAUAAGUGGCGUGCUGGCAUUUGACUCUCUCUCUCUCUAUAUUACUCCUGUAUGUAGUUGGUUGUUCUGACUGACCGAUUUCCCCUCCGGGGCUCCCCAUUACUGUGUUGUGAUCCUAAAUGGACAUCUAUAUAAGUGGCGUGCUGGCAUUU